AUGCUCCCGGAAAUUGAGGAACUGACCCCAGAGUGUAACAUCGACGAAGCUAAUGUCGGAGUUCCGGGAGUCACGACUCCAGAGAUGGAAACCAAGAUGAGAGGGAUCCUGAAACGCCAUCGCAGCAUCUUCCUGGGAGAUGGUAACGCAGCUCCAGCCCCGGCCAGGGGCGUGGUGUGUGAUAUCGACGUUGGUGAAGCAAAACCAGUGGCUUUACGUGCGAGACAGAUUACCGCGCCUUUCUUGGUGAAGGUGUUCGAACUCCUGAAGAAGUUGUUGGAGGCAGAGCUCAUUGAGCACUCAGUGUCCGAGUGGUCCUCACCUAUUGUGAUUGUGCUGAAGAAAAACGGCAUAGACAUCCGGAUGUGUAUUGAUUACCGGCUUCUGAAUUUGCUCAUUAAGCUAUCCCGUUAUCCUCUACCUCUGAUCGAUGACCUGCUGGUAGACUUCAAAUCCGAGAUGUGGUUUAUGAGUCUCGACAAGGCGAGUGGAUUCUGGGCGGUGCGAAUGACUGAACGAGCAAAGUUGAUAUCUGCGUUCGUCUGUCCGUUCGGUCACUUUCAAUGGCUCAGGAUGCCUUUUGGAUUGAAGAAUGCGCCGUUGAUUUAUCAGAGCAUCAUCAACAACUGUCUGUGGGGAUUCGUCCGUCUCCCUCCUGAAGAGGAAGCGAUGGUUGACCAAGAAGUUCUGGAGUUCCUAAAUCUCGAGCCUCAAGAAUCCCUGAAACCUGAAGUGGAUAUGAGGAAUUCAGGUAUCCCAUCACUGAACAUGACUGUAUUCCGACGCAAUAUCCCGACUCCAUCACAAAUGGGUCCGGCCUUGGGAAGAAGCUCAUAUAUUGAUGAUAUCGCUCAUGGGGCGUCGACCUGGGACCAACUAUGUGUGGACCUGGACGCGUUGUUAUAUAGACUACGAUACUGGAAAAUCUCUGUGAGCUUACCGAAAAGUGAAUUCGGAAAGUUGACCAUGCCAUUCCUAUCUCAUGAAGUGAGUGCGGACGGAAUCAGAGCCUUGCCGAAGAUUGUCAAAGGCAUAGAGGAUUUACCUUUCCCGUCGACGUACAAGGGAGUGCAGUCCUUCUUAGGAAGUCUAAACUACUACAAUAAGUUCAUUGAGGACUUAUCAGUAGUUGCCGCCGUGCUCUAUGAACUAGACGAAGAACGCGUACGCACUGGACGGAACCUGGAAGCCGCAAAGAAGUCUUUCGAGAUACUGAAACGUAAGAUCGUGUCGACCCCGCUGUUGCGACAUCCGGAUAGAAACAAACCUUUCGUGAUAAUUCCGCAUGCCAACCCGUGGUCGGCGUGUGCAGUUCUGGGUCAGGAGCAUGAAGAACGCAUACAUCCAAAAGAUGAAGACCUUGCGGCCAUCCUUGGGUAUGGUAUUACUCGCAGGGAACAUUUAGAUGAAGUUGCGGAAACCCUGGUUCCUGCCAAGGGGCGUCUGAAAGUGAUGCCACCACUGCCAGGAUGGCAGGUUGUGAAAGCUGAGGGACAUCUCCUUGAAGGUGUGACGGUCAAUGACGCUGAAUACCAUGGUUUGAUUCUGGGACUAAAGCUAGCCUUGAAGUACGAUGUCAAGGAGCUUGUGGCAGUCGGUGAUUCCCGGAUUGUCGUCCAACAUCUCAUCAAUUGCAACCAGCCCAACCUGCAACGACGCUUAUCUGAGUAUGAAGAUCUCAUGAAGAGUUUCGUGUCGGUUAAAUUGAUUCAUGUUAAACGUGAGUUUAACCAAGCAGCUGACUACCUGACCUCCAAGACUCUCAUGCUUGGAGAAUCCUGGGAACUCGAUGACCCCGAUGAGAUAGUGCAUCUACGUCUCGUAUCUAGAAUACCUGAAAAGAUCAUGAAGCCUUCAGAAAUCCCAAGCACCCCUGCGACCGAUGCGGUUCGCUCGGACCAGGUCGAACUCGGAGCGGAUAGCUCUGAUGCUGGAAUACCAGAGUCUCUAGCUACCGCGGCUGAGGCAUUGAUGGUGAUGACGAGGUCACGUGCGGAAUCGGACGUAGGUGCUCGGACUCCUGUAGACCAGUCUGGAUACCAGGACGAACGCUCGAGGGGAGAGGGGUGUGCGACUAAAGGUUUGUCGCCUAUUGCGGGACAACCAGGAAACGUGACGCGCCAGACGCAACGGGAUGCUGAAGCGGAGGUCCAAGCCGCUGCGCACCAGGCCGCACAAGCGGAACGGAUGCUUAUUGAGGCCGCUAUUGCACAAUAUGUGCAGCAGCAGCAAGCGGACGCUGAGAUGAAGAUGCAAGCUGAGCGAGCAGUCUGGGAGGCUCAGACACGUCAGAGUAUGGAAGAACUUGAGCGGAGACUCAAGGAAUCAGAGGCCGCCCGUAUGGAAGACCAAAGAACAGCGAAGAACAUCCAAGAAUUCCAUGUGCGACAGUUACGCGACCUUCGGGCAACAUCUGCCAAGGUUCAAGUUGAUGCACCAACAGUCGCCCCCGAACCAACAACUGCCGAGUCAACUGGGAACAGUCGCCCUCAAGUGGCAACUGUCCAGCGUGGCGUAAACAUGGGAGAGGGGGUUGAAGUCCGGUCGGAACCUGGGUUGAAGAAUGUUCCCAGCGUGGUGCUCGACCAGUUGCGACGAAACAAGAUGCUCCAGCAAGGAGUCACCGACGAUGCCGACGCUACGGAUGUGAGGUCCCAGACGAAGAAGAAGCCGCACAAGUCCAAAUUGACUAAGGUACUGCGGAAGAAACCUCGAUACGGCGAGGACCCGUCCGACUCAAGUGGGAGUUCAAGUUCGGAAGAGAGUAGCGAUGAUUUGAGCGGCAGCUCUGAGGAUAGCCUGUAUGAGGAUACCCAGUCACGACUUGUGUUGCCGUCCGCAGCAGGAGCAGGGACUACGAUGUUGACGCUACAUCCGUACGUGAACUCUGCUACGCUUGGUAUGUUCGACGAGAAGGCCUCGAUCUCUGACCGGAAGAAUUGGUGGGAGAAGUUCACCAAUAUGUCCGUCCAAGGUGGGUGGACCAGCCAGGUUAAGAUCCGAGAGUUGAAGAUGAAGAUGCCGUCUGUGAAGUCAUCGGAAAGCGCAUCGGAUUUCUUUUACCGUUUGAACGAAGCUGCUGUCAAGGCAGGGAUAAAGUACCACAAGUCGAAGAAGGAACGAGAGGAGCACAUCAAGCGUUUCCUCAAGAACCUGAAGGACUCUCAGCUGAAAGUGGUAUUGCGCAAGCAGCGUUUCAAGGUCUUGGAAGACUUGGUGUAUGUUCUGAAGCAGGACAGAGAUGCUGUCGUCGACGGAGAUGCUGUCGUCGACGAGUAUGACAGUUCGUCAUCCCCGAAGCGGGAUUUCCGAGCAGACAACAUCCCGUCCAGCCGACAUCGACCCAAGGGGCGCGCAUUCAUUGGCCUCAGUGAGGACGAAGCCGGAUGA